ACUUUCCCACCUCACAUGAAGGAAGUAUAUAACUCGCGAAUUAGUGAUAGUUCACAUGCUAUAGCCUAUCCACUUUUCGGCCUCACAUGAAGGAAGUAUAUAACUCGCGAAAAGUGGUAGUCCACGUAUUGACCUAUUGCCAAUCCACUUUUCCGCCUCAUAUGAAGGUAUAAAAUUCGCAAAAAAAUGAUAGUCCAUGUGCCAAUCCAUUGACAAUCCACUUUCCCGCCUCACAUGAGGGGUCUAAAACUCGCAAAAAAGAGAUAGUGCACAUGUAUUUUCACCUCAAAACAAAUGCUUAUUUCUCCAUGCAAUGAGAAAACUGAGUAGGAUUACCUGCACAUUUGGAAAAACUGGAGCUCAAUCUCUUCACCGGUGCUAUACAAUCUCAUCAUCAUCUUCACAUCAUCGCCCUGAACAACAAGAAUGUUAUCCAAUUAUAUCGCGUAACAGAAGAACCCAACGCCAUUAUUUAAGCAAAUUGUUAUUCACAUUAUACACACCUUGCUAUAAAGAAGUCCAAUGCCAAGUGAUUGUAUGUGGAUUUGAGAGCAAUAUUUUUCUCAACAACAUCUUGAUUCAGUCCCAUUCGAUUUCGGGGUGUUUGGAUUAUGCACGUAAAGUGUUCGAUAAAAUGCCUAAAAGGGAUAUGAUUUCUUGGUCUUCCGUUAUUACGAUGUAUACUCAAUACGGGGUUUACGAUGAAUCUUUGUCGCUUUUUAAUGAGUUGACGAGGAGUUGGAAGGAGGGUGUAAAUGAGUUUGUUUUAGCUAGUGUUGUUAGUUGUUGUGGAAGGUUAGGUAGUAUUGUGAAAGGUGUACAAUUGCAUUGUUUUGUUGUGAAAGGUGGAUUUGAUCAGUUUGUGUAUGUGGGGACGGUUUUAAUCGAUUUUUACUCGAGGGGUGGAGAUGUGAUGGGAGCGAGGCUAGUUUUUGAUGAUUUGUUGGUGAAGAGUACGGCUACUUGGACAGCGAUUAUUGCAGCGUGUGUUAGUGCUGGGAAGGGUGAAGUUUCGUUGCAGCUAUUGAGAUGUAUGUUGGAGAGUGAUGAGGCUGUUGUUGAUAAUUAUGUGGUUUCGAGUAUCUUGGGUGCUUGUUCGUCAAUUGAGUAUCUUAAAGGAGGAAAGGAAAUUCAUGGUUAUGUGCUUAGACGUGGGACGGAGAUGGAUGUUACGGUUAGUAAUGUUCUUAUUGAUUUUUAUAUGAAGUGUUGUAAGGUUGAGACUGCAAGGUCGGUUUUUGAUCAAAUGGAAGUUAAAAAUACUGUGUCUUGGACAACGAUGAUCUCCGGAUACAUGCAGAAUUCGUGUGACUGGGAAGCUAUAAGCAUGUACAGAGACAUGAAUAGUUUGGGUUGGAUGCUAGAUAGAUUUGCUUGCAGUAGUGUACUUAUUUCUUGUGGCUCGCUUGAAGCUUCAGAUAUGGGAAGACAAGUGCAUGCUUAUUCCGUGAAAGCUAAUGUUAUUACUGAUGGCUUUGUGAAGAAUAGCUUGAUUGAUAUGUACGCUAAAUGUGAUUCAUUUGGUGACGCAAGGAAGGUUUUUGACAUUAUGGACGAUCAUGACGUGAUCUCUUAUAAUGUUAUUAUUGAGGGUUGUUUAUCGCAGGAUAGGCCGUAUGAAGCUUUUGAUCUCUUUGCUGAAAUGAGAGAUAAUAUGAUUCUUCCAAGCCUUUUGACAUUUGUUAGCCUGCUUAGUGCGUCAGCUUCACUGUUCUCCUUGGAGUUAAGUAAGCAAUUUCAUGGUCUUACCAUAAAAUUUGGUUUUUCUUCUGACAUGUUUGUUUGUAGCAUCCUAAUAGAUGUUUACUCGAAAUGUUCAUCUAUUAAAGAUGCAAGACAAGUAUUCAUUGAAAUUAACGAGAAGGAUAUUGUUGUAUGGAAUUCUAUGUUGUUUGGGUAUAUACGGCAGUGUGAAAAUGAAGAGGCUCUAAAGCUCUUCCUAGAAUUGCAGCAUUGUUUGCAAAAGCCAAAUGCAUUGACUUUUGUUGCCCUCAUUGCUGCAUCUAGUAACCUCGUAAGUCUCCUGCACGGUCUCCAGUUUCAUAACCAGAUUGUAAAAGUCGGCCUAGAUUUUGAUCCGCAUGUUACAAAUGCACUCGUUGAUAUGUACUCCAAAUGUGGAAGCUUGAAAGAAGCACGGAAAAUGUUCAAUUCCACUAUCCAGAGAGAUAUCGCAUGUUGGAAUUCUAUGAUAUCCACUUAUGCACAGCAUGGAGAAGCAAAGGAAGCUCUUAAUUUGUUUGAGAAAAUGAUAAACGAUGGGCUGAAACCCAACAAUGUCACUUUUGUUGGAGUGCUAUCAGCAUGUAGCCAUGUUGGGCUUGUCAAAGAAGGUUUCCGUUACUUUUAUUCCAUGUCCAGGUACGGUAUUGAACCAGAAACGGAGCAUUAUGCUUGCAUGGUUACUCUCUUGGGUCGAGCUGGUAAACUGGUCGAUGCAAUGCAAUUCAUUGAAAGAAUGCCAAUUCCACCAGCAGCUAUUGUGUGGAGGAGUUUGCUUAGCGCAUGUACAGAAGCUGGUCAUAUAGACCUGGGUAAAUAUGCAGCAUCGAUGGCAAUAUCUAUUGAUCCAAAAGACAGUGGAUCAUAUAUCCUACUUUCAAAUAUUUAUGCAUCUAAAGGCAUGUGGAACAAUGUCAAAAAGUUAAGAGAAAAAAUGGAUAGCAAUGGUGUGGUGAAAGAAACCGGGUGUAGUUGGAUAGAAAUAAAUAAUGAGGUGCAUUUGUUUGUUGCAAGAGACCGAAGUCAUCACCAAACUGGUUUGAUAUAUUCAUUUUUGGAACUUCUAAUUCAGCAUAUGAAAGGGAUCGGAUAUGUUCCUGAGGAUACUACCUUCCCGAAUGAGUAAAAUCGCUAUGCCAUCAUCCUUGUCGUGAUAUGCUAUUGUCAAGAACACAGUGAGGUAGGCGGUCGUGGAUGCCCAAAAUGAGAAUUAGAAGCAAGACAUUAUAUUAGUUUUUUAUUGCUGUUGAAAGUUUGCAGGUUUCUUCUUUGCUUUGCCAGUGGAGCUUUAUUCAAUCAGGUCAGCAACAAAAAUGAAACCGUGGACCAAAAAGAACUCUUGCAACAAGGUAUCUGCUCUGAAUGAAAGGUACGCCAGAUGGAAUAUGGUCGAUUGGGAGAAUAUUUAUUGCGUGCUAUGGCACCGCUAAUAUGCUGGGACACGAUUGAGCUGCAUCUGCCUAACAGGGUCCUUAUACGCGUUGGAAUGUCUCAAGUUACACCAGUUGCUUGCAGUUUUGUGGAUAAUCACUACAUGCAUGAUGCAGGUUGCCUGGAGAACAUGAAAGGCACAUAUUUGUCUGGAAUGAUCGUGCAAACCGCAUUUGUGAAGCUCCUCAAACAAAUAUACCCCUUGUGUACGAUGACUAUAGUAUUGACUCGACAGAUUAUUGGGAAUCCUAGAUUUCAUUAGCCAGAAGGGUAUCCAUCCUUUGCACCAACAUACAAGGUUACGUUACACACAAUUAUGCUCAAAUCCAUUUCCGAGGUGUUCUUCGAAACAAAUUCUCAAUGAAAAGCAAGAAUACUAGCGCGCGAUGUCACUGAUCUGUUGAGGAACAUCCAACGAAGAUACAUAAUUAAUUGAAUUUUUUGUAAUUAUUUUGUAAUGAUGAGAAUUCGUAUAAAUAUGACAAGUUAAAAGUAUAUGUUUAUGUUA